AUGACCUUCACCUGCGGCACGUGCUGGCGUGAGUUCCCGGCCGGUUGGCACUCGCGUGAGCAGCAUCUCAAUGCGACCGGCCACCAGGUUCCAUCCUACGAAUGCGACACCUGCGAUAGAUUCUUCGGCAGCAGCCAAGCCGUCGAGCAACACAUGAACGCCCUCGGCCAUUGGGCUGAGAACGUCUACCACAACUACAACGACGACCCUGAAUUCGAGUGUGAUAAUUGUUCCGACUGCUUCUCCGAUGAGGACGACCUACGUGAACACAAGGUUCAGUAUCACUAUUACUGUGAUCCGUGCGACCGCUACUUCCACAGCUAUAACAACAUUAGCCAGCAUCUUAAUUCCAGGACCCAUCGCGGCGGCACCAUUGAGUGUCAGUUCUGCAGGAAGUCGUGCAAUACGGCCACCGGCCUCGUCCAUCAUCUCGAACGGGGCGCAUGCCCUAAUGCACCUCUCGAUCGCGACAAGCUCUACCAAGCCGUCCGUCGGCGUGACCCGAAUGGCCUCAUAUCAAAGAAGCUUUUGGAUUGGCACGCCUCUUCGACGUACCAAGCCACUGAGCGGGCCUAUAACCCGAAUGCCCGCGCCUAUGAGUGCUACCUCUGUCACCGACACUUUGGCGCUCUGCAGAGCCUCAACUUCCACCUGAACUCGACAGCGCACACGCAGGCCCUCUAUCACUGUCCCAACCGUAACUGUGGUCGCGAAUACAAAACCCUCGCCAGCGUCAUCAACCACUUGGAGAGCGAAUCUUGCGGUUUCAUGCGUUUUGAAUCCGUCCAGCGCAACGUCCAGAGAAUUGUCGACCCGCAUCGGAUGAUUGCUUUUUAA